AACUUUUCUAUUUUUUUUUUUGAAAAAAUUUCCGACUUUAUCAGAUUACAAAUUACAAAAUGCGACCGGCAGAAAAACGUGAACGUUUAUUGGAUAUACCAUGUGCUGUAUGUGGUGAUCGAAGUUCGGGUAAACAUUAUGGUAUCUAUAGUUGUGAUGGUUGUUCUGGAUUUUUUAAACGUUCAAUCCAUCGUAAUCGUGUAUACACGUGUCGUGCACAAGCCGAUCAACAUGGAAAAUGUCCAGUGGAUAAAACACAUCGAAAUCAAUGUCGUGCUUGUAGAUUACGUAAAUGUUUUGAAGCUAAUAUGAAUAAAGAUGCUGUUCAACACGAACGUGGACCUAGAAAACCAAAAUUUUUAAAAGAAACAAAUAAAUGUGGUUCUAAUAACGAUGAUAAUCAUAAUCAUCAUAAUCAUCAUCAUCAUAAUAAUAAUAAUAAUAAUCAUCAUCAUCACAAUCAAGUCACGACAAAAAUUCGAUCUUCAUCAAUAACAACAACUACGACGUCAACCACAACAACAACAACAACAACAAUAGGAAUGGCUAACCGACAUUCAAUUACCGGUAGCCAUUUGCCAGAACUAAAUGCUGGUAUCGGUAAUAGCACCGUAUCUGCUUCUAUAAUCAAUGAUAUUGAUUUAAAUAAACAUAAUCAACGAUUUUCAACAACAACAAAUAUCGGUCCACGUAUAUUUCAUCCAGGUAAUACAAAUAAUAAUGAAAAUAAUACUACAGCAAUUACACAGACAACGGCUACAGUUAAAUCGUUUCUAAAUCUGGCUAACUUGACAACCGUCAAUCAUCAACAUUAUCACCAUCAUCAACAGCAACAGCAACAACAACAACAUCAACAGUUUUCAUUAUCGACUGAAAUGACUCCCGAUCCAGGAUCGUUUAUAUUGCCAACAACAACGGCAUCAUCAUCAUCAUCAUCAUCAUCAUCAAUAGCAGCCAAUAAUUGCCAGCUGUCAAUCGAUCCAUCAACAUUGAAUUCAUUAGGAAUACUGGAUGGAUCAUCAGUGACAGCAUUCGCUAAUCUUAUUCAUCCAUUUGCAGCAUAUAAUCAUUUUGAUUUACUAAAAAUUAAUUCUGAUACAGAAUUGAUGAUGAAUUCAUUAAAAUUGCCGACUAUGAUGAAUAAUUCAUCGAAUUUAAAUUGGAAUCAACAUGAAUUUAACAAUACGAAUGUUGGAUUGUCGGAAAAGAAAAUUCGCAAUAGCAAUGGGAAAUUGCGUAAUAAAAAUCAUAAUAAUAAUAAUAAUCACCAUAACAAUCAUCAUCAUCAUCAACAACAACAACAACAACAACAUGAAUGUGAUGCUACAAUCGUUGUUGAUGGUGAUUCCAAUAAUAAAGACAGUCCAAUCAAAGAUGAAAUCGCAUGCUCGAAUUCAGUAAAUAAUAAUCUAUAUAUUGAUUCAUUGAAUCGUAUAAAAUUUCAUUUAAACAACAACAACAACAACCCCAUCGAAUAUCAAUCAAUCAAUGGUGAACGAUCCAAUCAAUCUAUGUUCAUUGAUGGUAACAUCGCCAGCCAUAUUAAAUGA